UAAUUUCUCCCGCCUGGAUUAAUCUCAAUAUGUCCUCUAUAAUCUAGUAUUUCUUCAUAUUCUGUCUUCUAGGAGUUUGAGGCCAGUGUAAUUGCUGCUGCACAAGGCCUACUAACCGUGCUAACGCAAAAUAUUCAGCAGCACCGGCCCCCAGUACAGCUCAAACACGAACAUUAGCUACAUCAAGCCAAAGGAGGUCUUGCUGAACUGGAUAGAAAUGGCAGACUCGCGGCUCCAACAGAUAACGGUGCCUUCGAUCGGGAGGCAGUUCAUGGAAAGAAUGUUAAGAAGGCUUCAGGAAGUUCUGCAACGUCAGCCAGUGGAUUUGGACUAUUUACAUUUUGUUUUAAGCCAUGAAAUGGGACUUGUGCACUCUUUUGUAAUAGAACUGCCACAAGAUGUUGUUCGUGCCUUGUCUGAUGUUUUGAGAAUUCUUUGCUUGCAAGAGGAGCAGCAAAUACCUUUAGCUUCUUCCUAUGUAGAGGUUGUGGCGGGUAAUAGGGGACAGCCAAAAUUUGUUGUAUCGAAAGAACAUCUGCAAAACCUCAUUGAUAUGCAGCUGUCCAUCCCUUGCAUAGCUAAGUUACUGGGUGUCUGCCAAAGGACUGUGUUUCGGCGGAUGCGAGAAGAGGGACUGUCAGUUAAGGGAUCAUACAGCAACCUGACAAAUGAGGAGCUGGACAGCCUUGUGCGUUCAGUUAAAUUGAGGAUGCUGGCUACAGAAUGAUGAAGGGCAAACUGCAAGCUAUGGGACACCGUGUAAGAUGGGAGCAGGUUUCAGCGUCCAUGCACAGGGUGGAUUCUGCAGGGAUCUUUGAGAGAUUCACAGGCUUGGGCUGUGUCGCUAGAAGAAUAUAUUCUGUCAAGGGUCCCCACUCACUGGUCAACGUGGACACAAACCACAAACUUAUCAGAUAUGGCAUUGUCAUCUUUGCCGGGAUCGAUGGUUAUUCACGAAAGAUCAUGUACCUGGGUGCUUCUAAUAACAACAAGGCAUCAACUGCACUUGGCUUCUUCAUGAGCUCUGUUGAAAAAUUUGGCUUUCCAUUAAGAGUUAGAGGAGACCAAGGGGUAGAAAACGUUGGCAUCGCUCACUGCAUGUUCACUGUUCGUGGCUGUGGCAGAGCAAGCUACAUAUCUGGAAAAAGUGUGCAUAAUCAAAGGGUGGAGUGCUUGUGGCGUGAUGUGUGGAUGGCGAUAACAUGUGUAUAUUACGAACUACUUCACAGUCUUGAAGAGGAUUGCCUGCUAGAUCCCUCCAACAGUCUGCAUUUAUUUUGUGCCCACUACGUAUUUGUACCACGUCUCCAGAGGGACCUUGACACUUUCAAAGAAGGGUGGGACAACCAUGCCAUGCGAACAGAACAAAACCUGACUCCCAAUCAACUUUGGACAAUAAGACUUCUCCAGAACCCUGUGCCUGCUCCACAGAACUUAGAGGACAAUGGCAGAGAUCUUUACAAGGUUGCACUUGACUAUGUGAUUCGUCAUGCAUAA